AUGUCAAAUGAUUGGACUGAUAAGAAGAUGAGGUCCAUAUGCAAUUUCCUAGUGAAUAGCCCAAAGGGAACAAUUCUUUUGACUUUUAUUGACACAUUAGACAUCUCCAAGACUGCAAUUAAAGUAUUUGAGAUGAUAGAUGAUAUAGUGAAGCAAGUUGGGGAAGAGAAUAUAGUUCAAAUUGUCACGGAUAAUGCUGCCAAUUACAAGGCAGCAGGUGAAAUGUUAAUGGAGAAACAUAACAAGUUAUUUUGGACUCCUCCUGCAGCUCAUUGCAUAGAUCUUAUGCUAGAGGAUUUGGAGAAGAAGAUUAAAGUACAUGAGCUGACGAUAAUGAAGGAUUCGGAUGACAAGCCCGCAAUGGGCUUUAUUUAUAAUGAGAUGGAGAAAGCUAAGCAGAAAAUCAAAGCAAACUUCAAGGAUGAUCGAAAGAGCUAUGCUCAUAUUUGGAAGGUUAUUGAUGAGAGAUGGGAGAUUCAACUUCAUAGGCCUUUGCAUGCUGCUGCUUAUUACCUGAAUCCGCAGUUGCAUUUCUCUUUUGAAUUUAGAGCUAAUAGGGAAGUCAUGCGUGGAUUAUAUAAAGUUAUGGAUAGGAUGCUAGACGAUGAAGAGAGGGAUAAGAUUGAUUUGCAGCUAGAGGAAUUCAAACAUGAGAGAGGGCUCUUUGGAUUCUCAUCUACAAAAUCUAUGAGGUUUAAGAAGACACCAAUAGAUUGGUGGGAGUCAUAUGGUGCCGAUACCCUAGAGUUGCAAAAGAUUUAG